GUCUCUGUGUGUGGUGGGGCGCGCGUCGUGCUUGCGCACACGGGAAGAGAAGGAGUACAGAAAGAGGAGAAGGGGGGGACGACGACACACAGACAUACUCUGGUAACGUGCACCGGGACCGUACGGAGAGGGAGAGAGAGGAGGCGGGACGGGGAGGAGGACCUAAGAUCCUCUGUAGAGGAGGGCAGCAGCAGCAGCAGCCCAGCUGCAGACGUGAAGAGGAAGCCGCCUGCUGUGCUCGAUGAUUACAUAUUGGUCCAUCGUUCUCAAGCAGUGCAGCAAGAAUGGAUGACAAGUCUUCACUCCAGCAUUGCGCCACAAACAGUGAAGACUUUGUAUUGGUGCCUCUGAAAGUUGAAGGUUCUUCAAAUGCGGAUGAUGACCCUCAGCUGAAGAUCAUGUCAAACGGAGAUGAACAACUGGAAAAGGCGAUGGAGGAGAUACUUGAAGAUUCAGAGAAAAAGCAGAACAGCAACCAAUUGGGAGGCGACAGAGGUGCAGAGUUGUGCUCUCCUAACUCACAGUUCAGUGCCAGAAACCCCCCCCUGACAUUAAUUCUGGACCCAGACAGUACAGAGGUGUUGGCCCAGACUGCCAGCCUUCCAGCGAAUCCGCCAGAGGAGGAAAGUGUUUCAUUUCACAAACUAUCAUAUUUAGGCUGCAUGAAGGUUUCGGCUCCACGAAGUGAGACCGAAGCACUCCGGGCUAUGUCCUCAAUGAGAGCACAUUGUUCAGCUCCAAUCACUGUCACACUCUACGUACCCAAUGUUCCUGAGGGCUCCGUCAGAAUAAUGGACCAAUCUACCAAUGCAGAAAUAGCCUCUUUCCCAAUCUAUAAAGUGUUGUUCUGCGUGCGAGGACGAGACGGGACGCCUGAUUGUGACUGCUUUGCCUUCACCUCCAGAGAUCUGGACACUGAUGAGUUUCAAAUCCACGUAUUCAGUUGUGAGAUCAAAGAGGCGGUAAGUAGGAUACUUUACAGCUUCUUCACUGCGUUCAAACGCUCAUCUAAGCAACCUACAGAUGUAAAGGACUCUAGCCUACCCACACCAGAUAGUGACGUGUUCACCUUCACUGUGUCCCUAGAAGUGAAAGAAGAUGAUGGCAAAGGGAAUUUCAGCCCAGUACCAAAGGAUCGGGAUAAACUGUUCUUCAAGCUGAAGCAGGGGCUGGAGAAGAAAGUGGUGAUCACUAUCCAGCAGGUGUCAAACAAGGAGCUAGUGGUGGAGAGAUGUUUUGGGAUGCUGCUCAGUCCGGGUAAAAAUGUCAAAAAUAGUGACAUGCACCUUCUGGAUAUGGAAUCCAUGGGGAAAAGCAGUGAUGAAAAGGCUUAUGUGAUCACCGGAACUUGGAAUCCAAAUAUACCAGCGUUUCAGGCACUCAACGAGGAAACUCCUAAAGAUAAACGAGUGUACGUGACAGUGGCUGUAGACAUGGUGGUCACAGAGGUGGUAGAGCCGGUGCGGUUCCUGUUGGAGACAGUAGUCCGUGUGUAUCCCGCAAAUGAGCGUUUCUGGUAUUUCAGCAGGAAAACCUUCACAGAGACUUUCUACUUAAAACUGAAACAGUCUGGGGGUAAAAGUUCCGGGGAUUCCAUCUACGAAGUUUUGAGCUUGCAGCGGCAGUCUGAGAUGGUGGAGGCACCUACCAGCCCAAUAAGUGCAAGUGGCCUAAUGUCCCCGCAGGAGGAUGACGAGCCAGAGGAAGAAAGUGACAAUGAACUGUGGAGUGGGACUGGGGAUGUUUCCAAAGAAUGCCCGGAGAACAUUUUGGAAAGCUGGGGUCAACUCCUUCAGAAAUGGCACAGCAAUCUGAGUGUGAGGCCAAAGGGACUGUCCUCUCUGGUGAAGAGAGGAGGGGUGCCGGAGGCACUGAGAGCUGAGGUUUGGCAACUUCUUGCUGGUUGUCACGAGGACCACGAAAUGAUGGACAAGUACAAGAACCUCAUCAUAAAAGAUUCGGCCCAAGAGAGUGUAAUCAAAAGAGAUGUCCACCGCACUUUUCCUGCACACGAUUACUUCAAGGACACGGAGGGUGAUGGACAAGAUUCUCUAUAUAAGAUCUGUAAGACCUAUUCCUUAUAUGACGAGGACAUCGGCUAUUGUCAGGGCCAGAGCUUCCUAGCUGCGGUUCUGCUGCUACAUAUGCCGGAGGAGCAGGCGUUUUGUGUACUGGUCAGGAUCAUGUACGACUACCAGUUUAGAAAUCUCUACAAGAAUAACUUUGAAGACCUGCAUUGCAAGUUUUACCAGCUGGAACGCCUAUUGCAGGAUCAGCUGCCGGUGCUUUACUCCCAUUUCAUGACACUAAACCUGGAAGCCCACAUGUACGCCUCUCAGUGGUUCCUGAGCCUGUUUACAGCCAAAUUCCCACUCUGCAUGGUCUUCCACAUCAUGGACCUUCUGCUCUGCGAGGGUCUGACUAUCAUCUUCCAGGUGGCACUGGCUCUUUUAAAGACUUCCAAGGAAGACCUCCUGCAAGCCGACUUUGAAGGGGCGUUAAAGUUUUUCCGGGUCCAGCUGCCAAAACGUUACCGGGCCGAGGAGAAUGCUCGGAGGCUGAUGGAACAGGCCUGCAAUAUCAAGGUGCCUACAAAGAAGUUGAAGAAAUAUGAGAGAGAAUAUCUGGCAAUGAAAGAGAGUCAACUGCAAAAGGAAGACCCAAUAGAGAGAUACAAGCGAGAGAACCGGAGGCUGCAGGAGACCAGCAUGAGACUGGAGCAGGAAAACGAUGACCUGGCCCAUGAACUGGUCACCAGUAAGAUUGCUCUCCGCAAUGAUUUGGACCAGGCAGAAGACAAGGCCGAGGUGUUAAACAAAGAGCUUCUGCUCACUAAGCAGAGACUGAUUGAGGCCGAGGAGGAAAAGCGCAAACAGGAAGAGGAGACGGCACAGCUAAAGGAGGUUUUCCGGAAACAAUUAGAAAAGGCAGAACAAGAAAUUAAGAAGACAACGGCUAUUAUAGCAGAGUACAAACAGAUAUGUUCCCAGCUGAGCACGCGGCUGGAGAAACAACAGACUGCAAAUCGGGAGGAAUUGGAGAUUGUCAAGGCCAAAGUCAUGUCCUGCAGUCACUGCAGGGAGAUCUUCAGCAAAGAAGGGUCAGCACAGAGCUCCGGCAGCAAGGCGGGGGACCCUGGCGAUGACGACGAGAAGGACUCGCUCAUGAAACACCUGCGAGAGAUGGAGCUGGAGCUGGCACAGACCAAGCUGCAGCUUGUAGAGGCCAAGUGCAAAAUACAGGAGCUGGAGCACCAGCGAGGAGCUCUGCUCAACGAAAUCCAAGCUGCCAAAAAUUCCUGGUUUAGCAAAACCCUGAACUCUAUUAAAACUGCCACAGGGACCCAGCCCUCUCCCCAGUCCCCACAGGGGGCGCAGGCUUCCAGUCCAGUCUUAGCGGCACCCAAGGAGAGCACAUAACGGCCGGAAAGAGAACACAACAAGAGCACAAGACGAUCAAUCAGGAAGCAGACAACCGCGAGAAGAGGACUUGCCGCACCUCCUGUGGAUGGAGCUCACCAUUAUCUUCCAUCACCGAUGUGCCGCUUUUUACUCUCCUUGCCACGGUUUCAUGCUGCCGCCUGUUACAGAACUUUACUUUUAGGCUGCUGCCACUUUUACACUUUAUUUCUUUUAAAGAACUUGUAUUAUUUUAGUAUAACGAGGGCCCCAGGGGGCCAGCCAGGGGAUGACCCACUCUUGGAGAUGUUAAAAGGCUUCAGCCUCGGCUGCCUGAUUUAUGUACGUGUUUUGUAUGUAUAAAAUAUGUUGGUGUGAAAAUACAAAUGUUUAUAAAAAUGCAUAUUUACAUAUUUGAUCAAAAACUUUUGACAUAUUGCUGCCGGAGAAGUGCUAAAUAUUUUUUUUUAAUCAUAAUUUUGUCUAUGGGGCGUGCACGCUCCUGGACCUUCAGUGUUGUAUUGUAUGCAACCUGACAUCUUAUUAAUCCAUCACAAUACUAUCAGUAAUAAUAAUAAAAAAAAGUCAUUGCUAAA